AUGGAUGAUGAAGCACCAACUACAAUUGUGAGACAGCCAGACACACGGAGCCAGGACAAAAUGAUUUACGGACUUGAACUCAUGGGUGUGGGGCAAGAAAAAGAUUUCACGGGAUCGGGCUUAUGGGUUCGGAACAAGUUGCAGAAAAUGUUGUCCUGUAAUGCUGAAACAAAAGUAACAACUCUAUCAUCAGUGGCUGUAAAUUACAUAUUUGGUGCUGGUACUGCUGGAGCAACACUCACUGACGAUGCAGCGAGAAUUGCCACACCCAUCGGUUCGGCUGCUAUACGUACUUUGUGUCAUGGUUUACUUGCAACUGGUGCAAUUUUAUAA